AUGUCACAGCAGAAUGGUCGCGCCGAGCACGUCAUUCGCACUCUUAAUGACUGUGUCCGCACGUUACUCUUCCAUUCCUACGUGCCUCCUCGGUUCUGGCCGGACGCGCUCGUGACCGCCAGUACCUCUAGCGAACCGCCCAGCCACGCACUGGGCUCGGCCCUGCCCGCGCUCCCCGCGCCGGCGGCCCCCGUCGUCGUGGCCCCCUUCGCGGCCCCCGUAGCCGCGGUCGCCGCGGCCCCCGUCGCGGUCCCCGUCGCCGCGGCCGCACCCCUCACCGGUGUGGUCACUCGGGCUUGGACUAGGACACUUCGUCCUAGCACGCGCUACACGUCUGAUGAGUACGCGUGUGCGGCGUCUACCUCGGCGCCGUCUCCGCUCCCAACUCCGCUCGCGCAGCCGUUCGGGAUCCGAAUUGGUUAG